AUGUUGGAUGGGAUGUUCCAACGGGUUUCCGAUUUCACGAAGAAUAACCUCACCUCUGACGAAAUUCACUGUUCUCGGCGUGUUGGUCAUACUCCGAUUCGAGACUCGCAAAUUAAAUGGGCUGUAACGAAGGAUGAGUGGAAUGAAACAAUCUAUCCACCGCACUGUCCCGGAUGGUUUUACUUGGUCCCUGUUUCAGUCGUGAACAGGAUGCUGAGCGUGGUUCAUCUCCAACGCUUUUUCUGGAUCGAUGAUGUUUUUAUUACUGGAGUGCUUCCGAAAGCAGCUAAUGUCAGCAUCACAAAUAUGGACACACUCUCCGGAAUUGUGUAUUAUCCGAAAGACAGCCCCGAUGGGAAAAUUGCUUUUCUCACGGAGAAGAAAUAUUUCCGCCACUGGUUCUUUGUGGUCAACCAUGAAAGGCUGACAUUAAACUAA